CACCCUAAAACAAUAACACAAAAUUUGCUCAUCCCAAAACGUCAAUAAUCCCUCCCGCCUUAUCCUCUCGUCCUUAAACCCCACAAUCGCUUCUCCCCGAAGCAACAUAUUGCAAAACCCCGAUUGGUCACCGCAUCAAUUAAACCACCCUCGACUCGCAACCACCAAUCCAAACCCACCACUGCCAACUCGUGUCAAUUCCGCCUGAAAUUGAAAUCAAAUACUCAGUCAAACGGCGUCAAGUGGUCAACAUUUAAAAAAAUAAUCGCAGUGAUUCAGUGAAAUUCAGUGAAAUGAAAAUGUCGUUUUCUAGUGAUCAUGGACCGUGGGAAGGGAACAAUCAUGCCGAUUUUCCCAACUACCCCAACGAAAUCGGGGGGUACAGCGGCCUCUGGGACCCCCAUCACUGUCUCGGGGGGCAAAACCCGGCCCUGGGCAGUUACCCUGACAUUCUCACCGCAUUUAAUUCAGAAUUAGUGUGGCCCCGGCAACAGUGUGGGGGCCUUGUGGGUAACCGUUUGGGGCGCAACGGCCCCCAGAACGGCCCCCAAAGCCAGAAAAAGCCACGCAGAAGAGUGGCAACUUUGGCGCAACGGCGAGCUGCCAAUAUACGGGAAAGACGCAGGAUGUUUAACCUUAACGAAGCGUUCGAUAAAUUACGAAGAAAAGUACCAACGUUUGCCUACGAAAAGAGACUUUCAAGGAUUGAAACUCUUCGUCUUGCGAUUACUUAUAUUAGUUUCAUGUCGGAGUUGCUGCAUGGGCACCCCCCGGAUCACAAGAGCCCUGACAUGUACCCCCAGAGGGAGUACAUCCCUUAUGGUUUAAUUAACUAGGCCGAUUUCAUAAACAAGCUUCAUUAAUGUCGAUUUUAACGCAAAAUUAUGUUAAUUUAGAAAUUAACACCCCUUUAAAUUUAAAGCCACAAUUUUAUAUUUUCCCUUUAAAUUAUUAAAAAAUUUGCAAAUCUGUAUAUGAACGAACGAAACGAUAACUAUCGGUUCCAUAACUUUAUCUACGACCCGCUCAGAUAUAAUAAAAAAUAGUUUGUUGUCUAUCUUAUCUUAUAUUUUGUCUAUAGGUGUCCGUUUUUUCGAGCUCCACCAGUGGGAUCUUAGAGAUCGGUUAAAUUAAGACAAGUUGCUCAUUUUUAUGCUGAACAAUUAUGUGAAAAAAAUUUUAUGUCAUUUUUGAAUUAUUGAGAAAAAUAAAAUCUAAAUUUUCAUAGUUUUUGUUUUAAUUUUUUUAAACGAAAACCAAUAACUAGAUCUUUUUAAGUAGAACAUUUUAGAGGCGCUUUUUUUACAAGAAAUCUAAAUCUGUCAUUGCCUUUUCCAAGGCGUUCUUGAUGUCAGAGUUACAACACCCAACUUUGGUUUUUCUUAUGGACGCCAUAUUUGACAUUUGUAUUUUUGAAAAGUCUUUUUGUUCCUGAUUACAACGAUGUAUCACAUGAUAUGAUCGAAUCUUACAUGCUGAUCAAAAUUAAGAAAAAACUGUUUUUGCAAAGAGUGCUUUGGAAAAAACUUCAAAAAUUUUAUUUAACAAACUAAAUAUGCAAUUCUAUAAAUUUUUAUAAUUUUGUCUUAUUAAAUUAAUCCUCUAAAAUCUAGUUUGAUGAAAAACAAAAUUGUUGACGUUUUUUCCAAAGCACUCUUCGCAAAAAUGCUUUUUUCUCCACUUGGAUCAGCGUAUAAGAUUGGAUCAUAUCAUGUGAUACAUCGUUGUUAUCAGGAAUAAAAACACUUUUCAAAAAUACAAAAAGGGGAUAUGGCUUUCAUAAGAAAAAACAAAAUUAGGUGUUGUAACUCUGACAUCAAGAACGCCUUGGAAAAUACGAUUACAGAUUUAGAUUCCUUGUAAAAAAGUGUCUGAAGAAUGUCCAAGUUAAAAACGUCCAGUUCUUUUGGUUUUUACUUCAAAAAAUAAAAACGAAAAUUACAAAUUUCCGUUUUUUUCCAAUAAUUCAAAAACUAAAAAUGACACAUCAAAUUUUCUUGCAGAUAAUAUCUCUUAUAAUAACGGAGAUUUCCAUGGUGGAGCUCCAAAAAUGGACAUCCUGUAUACAUGUGAAUUUUUGCUUUUUUUUUAAUGUGUCAUAUAAUUGUUACACAAUGAGUGUGCAACAAAAGAGUCAUAAAUUAGGGAAAAAAAAGACAAAUUUUUCACGUCUAGAGAAAAAUUUAUUAAUUUUUACAAUUUUUUUAAAAUAUGUAUUUGCCCACAUUUCAAUAAUUUGUUCAAGGUUCAAAAUGGUAUAACUUUUAGAAAACACACGAAUAAUUUGAUUUUUUUUGACAUUGUUUUGAAUCAUUUUUUUUUAAGAAAAAUAUUAAUAGAGAGCACUUUUCUGGGUUAUAAAAAAAUUAAUUACUAAUUGUUCUUUUUUUUCCCAUUAUUUAUUUAUUUAAUUUUAUUUUUAUUCCUUCUCCGUUUUUUUUUUUGAUUAAAUAUGUUAACGAACGCAUGAAAUUAUGAAAUCGGCGCCAAACACUUGUAGCUUUAUUAAUUUUAAGUCUUGCAACUGUCUUCCAUUACACAAUAAAGCAAUAAAACAACAAAACCAGUCAAUUAAUUCUUAACCAAUUUCCCCAAAAGUGUUAUAAUUUCUUGGUUCUGCUUCAACUUCUCUUCAAGCAACUCAUUUUUGCGCCUAAUCAACCCACACAUCUCCUUAUACCGCUCCUCCUUCAGUUUACAAUUUUUCUUAACCAACUUCUUGAAAAAAUCGCCAUCAUCUUCCUCACUUUUCGCUAUAAUUCUUUCGUAGAUUUUAGUGAAUAUUUCUGUCACAAAUGCAAUUUUUUACUGAAAUUCCGUCAAAAAUAAACCGAAAAAUGGGCAUUUUUGCACGAUUUUUAAGUUAAAUACGUUAUGUUUUGUGGAAUUCUGUUAACAAAUUGAGCUUACAAUUCAACAGAUUGGGUCCACAGUGCAUUUUUUGAGCCACAUUUUUGUAAAAUUUUGCUAAACCUAGCUGAAAAUUCGCUAAAUUAGGCGGAAAAUACAAUUAUUGUUUCGCUUUUGCUAAUUUUACAGUUAUUAGUUUUUCGUGAAUUUUUGCUAAAUUCAGGCGAAAAUUCAGCUUUAUUUGCUCAUUUUAGUUUCAAUGCCUUGUUUUUCACAAUCGUGUCAAAAACAAGCAGGAAAAUCACGUUAUUGAGUCAGUUUUUUUGCUUUUUUUGAUAAAAAAAAGACAAAUUUUUCACGUCUAGAGAAAAAUUUAUUAAUUGUUACAAUUUUUUUAAAAUAUGUAUUUGCCCACAUUUCAAUAAU